GAGUCGAAGCCGGAGCGGAGCACCCGGAGCAGGAGCGGGAGCAGGGAGCUGGACGCUGAGCCAUAGAAGCCGCAGCGGGGUCCCAGAACCCAGAGAGGGAGCCCGCGACAGGGACCCCGCGCCCAAGAGGCUGCGCCCAGGUUCGUGCGUGGAGCCCAGCCUUAUAUGGACUGAUCGCUCGGGCAAUGGCCCAUUUUUUCCUCGCCACCAGCCGCCACCGCGCGCCGAGCGGCCGCCGGAGCCCGCGCUGACGCCGCCUUGGCACCGCUCCUGGAGUUGCGAACGGGCCGGGCGCGCGCUCCAGCUCUUGCGCCCACCGCCGCGUGCUUCCGCUGAGGACCGGGCUGGGGUUGGGUUUCAUUUCUUCCCCUCCCUUUCCCCACUGUUUCUCUCCCUCUCUCUCCCUCUGGUUCUAAAAUAAUAAUUAUCUCAAUAAUUAACGCCGUCCCCUCCCCUCCCCCGUCCCUCCCCCCCACCCCUCCCCCGCCCGCCGGGGCGACGGGGAAAGCCACGAAUUGACCAAGUGCAGCCACAACUUUGCGGCAUAAAUUGCGGGGUCCCCGAACCAUGUCGCUGACCAACACGAAGACGGGAUUUUCGGUCAAGGACAUCUUGGACCUGCCGGACACUAACGACGAGGAGGGAUCGGUGGCCGAAGGGCCGGAGGAGGAGAACGAGGGGCCGGAGCCUGCCAAGAGGGCCGGGCCGCUGGGGCAGGGCACCCUGGAAGCGGUGCAGAGCCUGCCCCUAAAGAGCUCCUUCUACGACAGCAGCGACAACCCGUACACGCGCUGGCUGGCCAGCACCGAAGGCCUACAGUACUCCCUGCACGGGCUGGCAGCCGGCGCGCCCCCGCAGGACUCCAGUACCAAGUCCCCAGAACCCUCAGCAGACGAAUCCCCGGACAAUGACAAGGAGACCUCGGGCAGCGGAGGGGACGCUGGCAAGAAGCGGAAGCGGCGCGUGCUGUUCUCCAAGGCGCAGACCUACGAGCUGGAGCGGCGCUUCCGGCAACAGCGGUACCUGUCGGCGCCCGAGCGCGAGCACCUGGCCAGCCUCAUCCGCCUCACGCCUACGCAGGUCAAGAUCUGGUUCCAGAAUCACCGCUACAAGAUGAAGCGAGCGCGGGCCGAGAAAGGUAUGGAGGUGACGCCCCUGCCCUCACCGCGCCGGGUAGCCGUGCCCGUCUUGGUCAGGGACGGCAAACCGUGCCAUGCGCUCAAAGCCCAGGACCUGGCCGCCGCCACCUUCCAGGCGGGCAUCCCCUUUUCGGCCUACAGCGCGCAGUCGCUGCAGCACAUGCAGUACAACGCCCAGUACAGCUCGGCCAGCACACCCCAGUACCCGACUGCACACCCACUGGUCCAGGCCCAGCAGUGGACUUGGUGAGCGCCGCCCUUGAGACUGCGUCCCAGGCCAAGCCCGCGCCGGCGGCAGUGGCGAGGAGGACUGGUCCUGGGUGAUUAUUAUUAUUAUAUUAUUAUUAUGGGAGAAUCGGUCGCCCCUCGGCUCCGCGGUAGAGGCGCCGCCGCGAGGUUCCAUCCGCCGACUCCAUCCUGCCUCUCACCGUCCUCCGACCUUUGGAGGGGAUGGACCCAGAGCCGUGUUUACAGCCGUGUUCGCGCAGCUUCGCUUCUUGCCUCCCCCGGGGGGAGCAAACCACCCCAGAGUUAACGUCCUCUCUUGAAAAGGAGAAAAAGACCGACCCCCAGCCCGCUUUCGUGAAUUUUGUAAAAUAUGUUUGUGUGAGUAGCGAUAUUGUCAGCCGUCUUCUAAAGCAAGUGGAGAACACUUUAAAAAUAUAUAGAAAAUUUCUUCUUUUUUAAUAAGAAAAUGCUAAAUAUUUAUGGCCAUGUAUACGUUCCGACUACUGGUGGCAGAUUUGGCUUUGGGUUGUAAAUAUCGGUGGUGAAUGUUGGUGGACUGACCUUCCUGAGGGGGCCGACCCCUCUGGCCCAGCGCCCUGCUAUGCCCAUUUGUUUUGGUUUGGUCAUAUUUGGGUUACCCCCGUUUUCUUCUUUUCUUUUUCAUUUUAUUCGGUGCAAACUUUUUUCAAAUAUAUAAAAGGAGAAACAAUGUGUAGGCGAGAAGCCCCCCUUCCCGUGCCCCAUUUUCUGGGUCCUGAGGCCAGAAAUUGGAGCUCAGCCAUUCAGCGCGGUUCCCCAAGAGCGCCGGGCACCGAAAGCUUUCGAUUUUUUAAAUAAUUUUAAUAAAAAUCCUGUGUUUAAAAAAGCCAACCAAGAA